AUGCAAGAGUCUAUUCAACUCGAAACACUUCCUCAUCACGUCCAGUCCGAAUCACAUUCCGUCGACAUUCCUCAUGCAAAACCUCGACCAGAGACUCAUGUAAAUUUUCCAAAAGUAAGAGAGGCACCAUCAACGACAGACCAAUCACCCUUCACGCAAACAAAAUCUGAAAUUAGAACGGCACGAAUUCAACUUGCUACCCUCUUUUGGACUUUGUUUGUGGCAGGAUGGAACGAUGGAACCACAGGGCCUCUGUUGCCUAAGGUUCAACAGGUUUACCAUGUCAACGACACCAUCGUCUCCUUGAUCUUCAUCCUUGCAUGUGUAGGUUUCAUCGGCGGAGCCUGUUUGAAUGUACCACUAUCGGACAAAUAUGGCUUUGGGAAGGCGUUAGCGUUGGGUGCGAUUUUGGUGUCUUCAAACUCUAGUCAAGCUCUAGUAGUCACUCAACGAUUCCACAAAGGUGCCAGCCUACAAACGAUUGCGUACGCGCUGCAAUCUGCCAAUGUACCUUUUCCUGUUUUCGUCCUGGCCUAUACGAUCAAUGGAGUAGGGCUCUCUAUUCAGGACGCACAAGCCAAUGGCUUCGUCGCAGCCCUGAAAGAGAAUACCGAGACCAAAAUGGGUUUCCUCCACGCUGCAUACGGUUUCGGUGCGUUCGCAGCUCCCCUCGUCUCCACGCAGUUCUCGCAAAUCGAACGGUGGUAUCUUCAAUAUCUCUGUUCUCUCGGUCUCGCGGUCAUCAAUGUCAUCCUCAUUGUCGCAGUCUUCCGGUUCAAGACUCAGGACGUAUGUCUCGAACAGAUAGGCCAACCUGCUGGAGAUCAAGAGACGAGUAAUGGUCAUGGGACCUUUAGGCAGAUUCUCUCCCAUAGAAACGUCCAUCUGAUGGCGUUCUUCAUUUUGGUGUAUGUCGGAGUGGAAGUGACAAUCGGUGGAUGGAUCGUGACUUUCGUGCGCCGUGAACGACAUGGGGGUCCAGACGCGGGAUAUAUCUCAUCUGGAUUCUUUGGUGGGCUUACUUUGGGACGGGUGGUGCUUUUGUGGAUCAAUGCUUUGGUCGGCGAACGCAACGCGAUGUUCCUCUAUGCUGUACUUGCUAUAGGACUCGAACUUGUCGUCUGGCUAGUCCCCUCCCUCAUCGGUGGCGCACUUGCUGUUUCCUUCGUUGGAUUCCUCCUAGGCCCAAUGUACCCCAUCACCAUGAACUACGCCGGACGAACCUUACCCCGCUGGAUCUUGACAGGAUCUAUAGGCUGGAUUGCAGGAUUCGGACAAGCGGGGUCUGCGGUGUUCCCGUUCAUGACUGGAGCAUUGGCGGGCAAAUAUGGGAUUCGAAGUUUACAGCCGUUAUUGGUGGCGAUGAUGGUGGCAAUGACACUACUUUGGGGGGUACUUUGUGUGAGUGGGAAGAGAAGGAAGGAGUAG